AUGGCGCGGCCGCGAACCAGACGGAUACCGCGCCGGCGCGUGGAGCGGGAUGUGCGUCUGACGACAAGCCAAAAAUGCGCCAUCAUUCGAGAGAUUGAGCGCAACGGAAAUGUGCUAUACCUCGCUACCAUCGACCUCGUUGUUGAUUACCUGAGCCAUCUCGAAAAUCUGGGUCAAAUCAACGAGGAGGGCAUCCGGGAGGGACUGAUAAUGGCCUCAGAACUAGCGCGUGGCCUACAAGCCGAGCUUUGGAGUCUCUACCCGCACUACAAGUCUGCCAUCUGCGCAGGGGGCACGCCUCACGUCGUUUUUGAUCUGUUGGACGACGCCUGGUGGCCGCGAGUGUGUGGCUUGGCCGAUCGUGCGCAGUUUGAACGCAUUGCUGCCAGUUUGCCCGCCCUACCAGACAACGCCGUGCCUGUACCUGUGCGAGACGCAUUGGUCGCCUUUCUGACCCUGUUCCACCGCCCCUUGCGACUGGUGGACGCCGUGCGAGAGCUCAACUUAUCAUGGACCUCGCAAAAACUGUCAAAGGUCGUCAACACGUUUGUCCUGGCUUUGACAGCGCUGGUACAGGAGCGGAUGAACUUUGACGAGCGCUACUUUCAACCAAGCUGGGCCAAGCAAGGCGCAGCUGCUGUGGCAACCCGCCAUCCUCCAACUGCAGGCAUCUGUGCCUUUAUUGACCGAACCGACCAUCAUAUCGCCCGACCCGCAGGCGAGGCCCAGCGAUGGUUCUGCGUUGGCAAGGACAAGGCGCACGCGCUCCGAUAUCAAGCAGUUUUGGCGCCCAACGGCAUCAUCAUCAGCUUUUAUGGGCCGUUUCGAGGUCCCACGCAGGAUGCCGUCAUGCUGGCGAGCUUGGGUCUUGAGGGACGCCUUGGUCAGCUGUGGCCGGAGCGAGCGCCGUGGUGUAUCCUGGGUGACCAGGCGCACCCCGAGUCGAAGCGCAUUGUGCGACCCGCACAGACUAGGCGAGGGGCAAACAACGAGCAGGAAGCCGUGGCUCACGACCAACAGCUCGACAGCGUAAGAGUGGCCGUUGAUUGGUGCUUUGGCGCACCGGGAACUGGGGUAUUCUCUCGCUUCGAAGGCCUUGCCAAUCCUCGCGCCAUGCGCAUGCAGAUGCGACCAGUUACCGGCUACCUGUACGUGGCAGUCCUUCUCAGCAACAUGAUCGUGUGUGACGAGCAGUCCAGUCCUGUGGCCAAGUACUUUUACGAGCGCCUGACCAUUCCAACUUUAAGCGACUACAUGGCCGCUUUUCACACACCCACACCUGAACCACGGCCCAGCUAG